AUGGAUUCAUACGCCUUAGCUCUACAGCUUUUUAAACAAGCACCUUAUGGGAUUCUGCUGUUGGUGUUUCUCAGGAACACCACGCUGAGCCUUUGCCUUGAGAAUGCAGAGCUGAAAGAGCAGAUGGGAGAAGCAAUGUCUGAUGGAUGGGAGAUCGAGGAAGACAAGGAGAAGGGCGAGGAGAUGGUUGAUACUGUGGUAGCCAAAGAUGGUCUGAGUGAGAGUAGCCUUCAGGCUGAGUUCAGAAAGCACCAGGGAAAACUGAAGAAUGCCCACAAUAUCAUCAAGCUCCUCCAAGAACAACUUGUGCUGAGUAGCAAGGAAGGGAAUAGUAAACUUACUCCAGAGCUCCUUGUGCAUCUGACCAGCACCAUCGACAGAAUAAACACAGAACUGGUUGGUUCUCCUGGGAAGCACCAACACCAAGAGGAGGGGAAUGUGACUGUGAGGGCUUGCCCCAGACCCCAGAGCCAUGACCUUGGGGCUACCUUCACAGUGGUUGCCCACCAAUUGGAUAACCGGUCCCAGCCUCAUGACCCUGGGUCUCAGUCAGCGUUUAGCCUACCAGGGUCUACCCAGCACCUGCGCUCCCAGCUGUCACAAUGCAAACAAUGCUAUCAAGAUCUCCAGAAGAAGCUGUUGCUAUCAGAAGCCACUGUCUUUGCUCAGGCUAACGAGCUGGAGAAAUACAGAGUUAUAUUUACAGGUAAAUCCUUGGUGAAGCAGGACAGCAAGCAGGUCCAGGUGGACCUCCAGGACCUGGGCUAUGAGACUUGUGGCUGAAGCAAGAAUGAGGCUGAACAGGAGGAAACCACCAGUCCCAGAAGACAUCUGUGUCUCUUUUCGGAGUGUGAGGAGCACUCUGAAAUGGAAAUGGUCCUGAUGGAGGGGCUGUGCUCUGAGCAGGGGCGCCAGGGCUUAACGCUGGCUAAUUCCUCUGAGAGGAAGCCCUUGGAGAACCAGCUAAGGAAGCAGGAAGACUUCUGGGUAUAUGGAAAGUCAGAAAACAUCUCGGUCCUAUGAAAGGACAUCAAAGGUCUGAAGGUCCAGCUACAGAAUGCCAACAAGGUCAUUCAAAACCUCAAGGGCCGGGUCCGGUGCCUCUCGGUUACAAGUGAUUAUUCAUCUAGUCUGGAAAGACCUCAGAAGCUGAGAGCUGUUGGCACCCUGGAGGGGUCUUCACUUCAUAGUGUCCCUGAUGAAGAUGAGGUGUGGCUGUCUGAUGGCACUGGGGCUUUCUACUCACCAGGGCUUCAGGCCAAAAAGGACCUGGAGAAUCUCAUCCAGAGAGUAUCCCAGCUGUAGGCCCAGCUCCCAAAAAAUGGACUAGAAGGGAAGCUGGCUGAGAAGCUGAGAUCAGCCUCAUGGCCUGGGAAAUAUGAUUCCGUGAUUCAGGAUCAGGCCUGGGAACUGUCUCACCUAUGGCAAAAAAUACAAGAAGGGAGAGGUAUUUGUUAUCAGCUGCAUGCAAAAGAUGCAGUAAAAUCUUCUGAGGAUCUCCUAAGGAGCAAUGACAUUGACUACUACUUGGGACAGAGCUUCCGGGAGCAACUCGCCCAGGGAAGCCAGCUGACAGAGAGGCUCACCAGCAAACUCGGCACUGAGGAUCAUAAAAGUGAGAAAGAUCAAGCUGGACUUGAGCCACUGGCCCUCAGGCUCAGCAGGGAGCUGCAGGAGAAGGAGAAAGUGAUUGAAGUCCUUCAGGCCAAGGUGGAUGCUCGGUCCCUCACAUCCUCCAGCAGCCAUGCUUUAUCUGACUCUCACUGCUCUCCCAGCAGCACCUUUUUCCUGUCUGAUGAGCUGGAAGCCUGCUAUGACAUGGACAUAGCCAGUGAGUACACACACUAUGAAGAGAAGAAAGCUUCUCCCAGUCACUCAGAUUCCAUCCAUCAUUCGAGUCAUUCUGCUAUAUUGUCUUCUAAACCAUCAUCAACCAUUGCAUCUGGGGUUAAGCCCGAAUCCAGCAGCAACCCCAUCAGCUUGCCAACUCCCCAGAAUCCCCCCAAGGAGGUCAACCAGGCCCAUUCAGGUAUGCAUUUUCACUCCAUACCCAAGCUGACUAGGCUUCCUCAGGCACCAUUGCCCUCAGCUCCAUCCAGCUUCCUGCCUUUCAGCCCCACUGGCCCUCCCCUCCUUGGCUGCUGUGAGACACUGGUGGUCUCCUUGGCUGAGGCUCAUCAGGAGCUGCAGAAGCUGCAGAAGCAGUUGGGAGAAAGUGCCAGCACUAUUCCUCCUGCUUCCACAGCUACAUUGCUGAGCAAUGACUUAGAAGCUGGCUCUUUCCACUACCUCAACUCUGCCCAGUGUGACUCUCCUCCAAGAGGCACCAUAGAACUGGGAAGAAUCCUGGAGCCUGGGUACCAGGGCAGCAGUGGCCAGUGGGACAUGAUGAGGCCUCAGAAAGGGGGUGUAUCUGGGGACCUAUCCUCAGGCUCCUCUGUGUACCAGCUUAACUCCAAACCCACAGGGGCUGACCUGCUGGAAGAGCAUCUUGGUGAAAUCCAGAACUUGUGCCAGCACCUGGAGGAAUCCAUCUGCAUCAAAGACCACCUAUGGGAGCAACUGGAACACCAGCUGAGCUCUACUGCUUGUGGAAGUGGACCCACUUCUAACUUAUACAGUCAAGGCCUGGAGUCCAUACCUCAGCUCUGCAAUGAGAACAGAGUCCUCAGGGAAGAAAAUUGAAGACUUCAGGCUCAACUGUGUCAUAUUUCCAAAGAGCACUCCCAGGAAACAGAAAGCCUGAGGGAGGCUCUGCUGUCCUCUCGAUCCCACCUUCAAGAGCUGGAAAAGGAGCUGGAGCACCAGAAGGCGGAAAGGCAGCAGCUUUUGGAAGACUUGAGGGAGAAGCAGCAAGAGUUCUUGCAUUUCAGGGAGGAUCGUCUUUCCCUCCAGGAAAAUGACUCCAGACUGCAGCACAAGCUGGUCCUCCUGCAGCAACAGUGUGAAGAGAAACAGCAGCUCUUUGAGUCCCUCCAGUCAGAGCUACAAAUCCAUGAGGCACUUUAUGGCAAUUCCAAGAAGGGGCUGAAAGAGUUGGAUUUGGAUACUUCUCCAGUAAUGAAGACCGCUGCCAAGCUGGAGGGUGAUGCUACUGAUGGCUCCUUUGCCAAUAAGCAUGGCCGCCAUGUCAUUGACCACAUUGAUGACUACAGUGCCCUAAGACAGCUGGUUGCAGAGGGCAAGCUGCUGGUCAAAAAGAUAGUGUCUCUUGUGAGAUCAGCAUGCAGCUUCCCUGGCCUUGAAGCCCAAGGCUCAGAGGUGCUUGGCAGCAAAGGCAUUCAUGAGCUUCAGAGCAGCACCAGUGCCCUGCACCAUGCCCUAGAGGAGUCAGCUUCCCUCCUUACCACGUUCUGGAGAGCGGCCCUGCCAAGCACCCACAUCCCUAUGCUGCCUGGCAAAGGAGAAUCGACAGAAAGAGAACUUCUGGAACUGAGAACCAAAGUAUCCAAACAGGAGUGGCUCCUUCAAAACGUAGCAGAGCGUCUGAAGACCACCAACCAGCAGAAGGAGAGCAUGGAGCAGUUCAUCCUCAGCCAGCUAACCAGAACACAUGAUGUUUUAAAGAAGGCAAGCACUAACUUAGAGAGCAACACUUACAGGAUUGCCUCUGUAAAGCCUUAUUCCUGUCCCAGGAAAGGUGAAAUCCCUAAGGGCUCUGCCGUGUUCCUUGUGACCCUUGCCUUCCAGGAACCACGCAAGAAGCGCAGCCACCAGAAGUCCUUAAAACAGCAGGAAAGGUGGGACUGUCCCCCUUUUGUGCAGCUACCUAUCUGCUGA